CAGAAUUUCUAAGAGUGAACCUAUAGACGUUGGAAUGCGGCAACAUAGGUUCUGACUCUUCUGUAAGCUGAGUUAUCAGGCAUGAGUAUUUCUCGUGCAUUUUCAGGCGUCCACCUGGGGGGAAGUGGAGGUGCUUAUGACGAAGAGGAAUCUAUAUAUGAUGAAUGGGGUUACCACAACUCUAUGUAUGUUAGUGUAGAUUUCUUUCUACCAACAGGAAUCUACAUACCAAUUGAUAUACCAAGGAAUUCAACCAUAAAAGAAGUGAAAAAUUUACUAUGGCAAGAAGCAAUCCACCAUCCUUUAUUCAGCAAGCUUCUUAACCCUGAAAGUUACACUUUCACAUACAUAACAAGUUUUGGUUUACCAGAGGAAAUUGUUGAUGAGAGUCGGCAUCUCAGUGAGUUUGAUAUUUUCCAUGAACUGCCGGUGUUGAAACUCGUUCAAAGUAGAGGUAAUAUUGCAGAGAAACGGGUUAUACAAGAAAUAAACCACCUUACAUGCAUCAAAAAUGAAACUGAAUUGAAUGUGGACAGUGAGAGUCGAUCGUUUAGAAAAGACAUGCGGGAGUUAGCUGCUCAAGCUUGUAAGGAUCGAGAUACUCUACACUGGAAAUCACUUCUUCAACGCCAUUUUCCUCCAACCAUCAUCCCAUACCUCAACGAAAGUACUCACUACUUAAAAGAUUUUGGCCUCAUUCAGUUAACAUCAGAAAAUUCCGAGACGGUAUACACCAUUAAAAUCAACCCUUCGUGGUCAACGGAACACUUAACGGAAGUCGCACUCCAGACUUGGGUUUCGAAAACAAAAGCUCGCCUUCCUUCCACCAAUAAGGACGAUUAUGUUUUGAAAGGAAAUGGAAAAGAGUUUAUUGUUGGGAAUCACCCAAUUUAUAUGUUUAAGUUCUUACGAAAAGCACUGGUAUGUAAACGUGAAGGUAUUGUCAGUAGCAUCAAAGCACCUCCAGUUGUUUCUCUGGUUCAUGUUGCAAGCGUGAGAAAAAUUUUACCCCAGCAAUACCAACUUUUAAAAAAAGUACAGACGAACUUUGCCCCUCCUGUGCCAGAAAAACAUCGAGCAGUUUGGUCACUAUGGCAACUCGAUGUUAUGUUCAAAUUAAGAAUCAUAAGAGCUGGUAACGUCAAUGCAGGCCAAGAGAGGGACAAAAAGCUAGUGGUCCACGUUGGUUUAUACCAUGGAACAGAAACGCUGUGUCCUACCACCUACACUAAAGAACCAGUAAAAGAGAUGGCAGCGGGUAAUGAGUACCAGUGGGAUGAAGAAUGUUUCUUUGAUAUAAAUGCAGUUAACCUUCCUCGAAAUGCGAUGCUUUGUCUCGCUAUCUGCUCCAGCAAACGAAAUGUUGGUGGGAAAUCUAAAAGAAAGGAGUCAACUCAAAAAAAUACUCAGCAUUCUGCAUCUCCUAUUGCUUGGGCUAAUAUGAUGGUGUUUGAUUUCAAAAGAUACCUCAAAGCUGGCUUGUACCGGUUAAACUGCUGGCAAGUGAACCACGAUAAUCUUGACUCGAAUAACUUGAGUCCUCGUGGAGGAGUAAUGCUUAAUCCGGAUGUUGAACAAGCUGCUUUCAUCGAGAUAAUGAUGCCAGAGUACCAAGCUACCAUCAUGUAUCCGUCUCUACCGGAAGUGUUAGAAGAAGCAGCUCGUCAAGCAGUUGUUCGUGAAAGCAACUUAAUGACGCGAGGCGCUUCCAAAUCUCACAUGACACAACUGGAUGAAGUUGUUAGAAAAGAUCGUUUCGACGAUUUAUUUGAUGACGAUAAAAGUUUGUUGUGGCGAUUACGAAUCGACUGUAGGGAAAAAUAUCCUGAAGCUCUUUCAAAAGUUCUCGCAUCUGCAAAGUGGAAUUCAUACAAGAGUGUUGCCAUGGUGCAAGCAAUGCUCAAUUCAUGGACACCUUUGUCACCGGAGCGCGCCAUGGAGCUGUUGGAUUGUCAGUUCGCCGAUGAACAUGUGAGGGACUUCGCUGUGAAGUGUUUGGAAAACUUAAGAGAUGACGAACUGCAACAAUACCUUAUGCAGUUGGUUCAAGUUGUUAAGUUCGAUUCUUACCUGAACAGUAGUUUAGUUCGUUUCAUUCUUCGUCGUGCUUGGAGCAACCGAAAAAUCGGACAUUUUUUGUUUUGGCAUUUAAAAGCGGAAAUUUCGAACACGUUGUUAAAUCUUCGUUUCGCGUUGAUCAUGGAAGCUUACUUGUAUGGUAACUUACCGCAUGUGAAGACUUUGUAUAAACAACAAGAAGCGCUCAAUAAAAUGAGAACUUUGAAUGAAAGGGUUAAAGGAUCUGAGUUUAGUCAAAAAGAUAUUAAAGUUCGGGCUCGACAGGCAUUGAAGGAUACGGCGAACCAGGAUUCAUUUAAAGAAGCUCUUACUAGUGUUGAAUGUCCUCUGGAACCUAACUUGGACUUGGAGGAAUUACUUGUUGAAAAAUGCAAAGUCAUGAACAGUAAAAUGAGACCUCUAUGGUUGGUUUUCAAAAACAAGCAAGUACAAGACGGAAGCAUGAGCGUUAUCUACAAAAACGGAGAUGAUCUUCGCCAAGAUAUGCUGACUUUACAAACCAUAUCUAUCAUGGAUAUGCUGUGGAAAGCUGAAGGUUUGGACUUGAGAAUGAUCCCGUAUGGUUGCCUUGCAACUGGGAAAGGCACGGGCAUGAUAGAAGUAGUCACGCAUUCAAAUACAAUAGCCAACAUACAGAAGACAAGAGGUGGAAAAAUGUCGGCGUUCAGACACCAAACGUUAAUUGAAUGGCUUGAACAGAACAACUCAACCCCGUCAGAAUUUGAGCAAGCAAUAGAAAACUUCACGUACUCCUGUGCUGGUUAUUGUGUGGCCACGUUUGUGCUUGGUGUGGGUGAUCGGCACUCUGAUAAUAUUAUGGUCACUGAGAAAGGACAGCUUUUCCACAUUGACUUUGGGCAUAUUCUUGGAAACUUUAAGACUAAAUUUGGAAUCAAAAGAGAGAGAGUUCCGUUUGUUCUUGCGCACGACUUCGUUCAUGUUAUCAACAAAGGGAAAACCAACAACAAGGCUGAUUUCGAUCAAUUCCGAAAACUUUGUGAUAAUGCAUUCUGUAUUCUGAGAAAGAAGGGUUAUCUGAUCAUUACAUUGUUUGCGUUGAUGCUUCAUUCUGGGUUGCCUGAGAUGACAUCGUUGGACCAUUUAGAAUACUUGCGUGAGACCUUAGCCCUCCACUUAACAGAACAGAAAGCUCUGCAACAAUUCCGCAGCAAGUUUAAUAAAGCCCUCACUGAUGCAUGGGCUACCUCAGUUAAUUGGUUCUUUCAUAAUGUAGCACGGGAUAACACGUGAUAAGACAACAAUUUCCCCUUUCUAAUUUUAUUGCCAAACAAAACAGAGUAUCUGAUUUUUUUUCUGAGUUUUAAAGUAGGUUGCUACACUUUGCACGUCCUACUGCAUUUUUCCAAUUUGCUUCGUUAUUUAGAGGUUCUUUCUUAUUAUUGGAGGGGCUUUUUAAAUAGAGACGUUUAAUGUGCAAUCAUACAAUCGUGCCUAAAUUUCUCCUUAAACGUUAUAGCAGCCUGCCCGAAAAAAUGAUGAAUAUUUGUCCGUCAUGCUUCAACAGACAGUAUUGUUUCUUUGCAUUCUUUCUUUUCAAUAUUGUACUUGUAGAGAAAUCUUGGGAGAAUUAGGCGCAUGUCCAUUGUGAUUAUUGUAUUGUGCGAUGUAUAUACGACACAAAUACCACACUAAUCAGUAGCCAAUCAUACGUUAUCAUUCUAAUUAAGUAAUUUACUUACACGGAGUUUUAGUUGAGAAAUCGCUAUGUUGGAUAACCAUCUAACUGUCUUCAAGCGAUGUGUGAUCACUACUUCAUGCAGUGUAAUGGAAUUUUGAUGAUUUAUCCACUGUUCCUGUGUAAUUGUUCAAUUAAUAAAUUAUAUACUUGGUUGUA